GCUAUAGCUGAACGGGGUUUCAUACAAUUCAGACCAGAUAGCUUAACAGAUUCUCGGAUUGUUAUCAACCCCUUGUCCGUGUCGGUGUCCUCGAGGCCGAAUUUAAUCAAGCGCGAGCGCGGUGUACGCGAGAAUUUGAUGGAGAAACGUUGAUUAAUGAGUAAAGUACCUCGGCAAAACUGUCAACCUAGUGUGUGUGUUUUAUCGUGAAACCCGAUUGAUAAGAUUAUUUUUCGCCAAAAGGGUUUGGCGGUCGCUUUUUUUACCGAACGUUACCAAUUUGCGUCAAAUCGAUGAAGAUCCAAUGUGGAUGACUUCAUACAGGAGGAAGCCGGUAGAAGAAUGACGAGUUAUAUAAAAUUCGUUCUAAAUUAGUUUAAAUUACCGAUAAAGUGUGUUAACAAACGAUAAAGAAAAGUUCACAGAAAAAGCUUCACAAUGGUCAAGGAUCGGCUGAACGAGCUCAAAAGUAAACGGAAAUAUGCCAGCGAAGUCAGUUUGGAUGUGGUUACGUCAAAGUCACAGGAGGAGAUCUUCUGUAACCUUGAACAGUUUUCAGAGCUCACCUCAUGGAUCCGGAACAUUCGGAAAAACAUCGAAGAAAUGCAGCAAUCCGUGGGCACACCUUCCUUUCACUACAAUGAUAAAGCCAUCCGGGAGAAGGUCGAAAAGAAGAUGGACCAAAGUUUGGACCUGUGCCGGCAGAUCUACGCCUCGAUCAAGCGGCUGCAGGAUGAGCUGGAACAGGAAACGGACAAACGGGGCACGGUUCUGUUCCGGAUAAAGCACACCCAGUUCCUGGUGAUCAAGGAUGACUAUCUGAGUGCGUACCGGGAGCACGAGGAGUUUGUCAACUAUUAUGAGGAAAAAAUCAAAAAGCUGAUGAAGAUGGAAGCGAUGGCUAUGAAUUGCAAUAUCACGGACGAUGAGGCGUCUCAGAUGUUGGCCAACAAUCAGGUCUCACCUUUUGUGGGAAAUAUCCUAGAGGAAACGGAACGGGAACGGCAAAAGCUGCGGGACAUUAUGGCCCGCCAUUCGCAGCUUGUUCAGCUGGAGAAGUCCCUGGUCGAGAUUCGGGACCUAUUUGUGCGGAUAUCGACGCUGGUUAUGGAGCAGGGAAGUUUGGUUCAGGUCAUCGAAUAUCAUGCGCAACAAGCGCUUCUGAAUGCCGAUCACGGGGCCCAUCAGCUUGAGAAGGCGCGGGAAUACAAAAUAAAGGCGAUGAAGAAGAAAACCUGGCUGCUCAUUUGGGUUAUCGUUGCCCUGGUGGUUUUGAUACUGCUGAUGAUCGUUUUUUAG